AUGACGUUAAAAAUAAUAAGUAGUACUCUUACAUUUUUUUCAAUAAGAACACUGUAUUAAUUUAAUUUAAACAAUAAUAAUUAAUACUAUUUUAUAUCAUCAGAGGAUGAUUACAUUUAUAUUCUAUUUUACUAUUGUCCUGUUGAGUUUAAUUGGACAAACACAAAUAAAAGGAUGUUUUAUUUUUAAACACAAAAAAUCAGAUAACGAGAUUAAGCCUAUAUUUGACCCAAAUGAUACAAUAGAUGUUGACCCAAAUGUUACAAAAGACGUUGACCCAAAUGUUACAAAAGACGAUAAUUUAUGUAAUAUAUGCUGUAUGGAGAAAAAAUCAGUUACAUUGCUCCCCUGUGGUCACACUGUAGGAAAUUUUUGCGCAAAUAAAUUCUCAAUAAGCAAAACUGAUUGUCCUUUUUGUACAAUAAAAAUAAAACAAUUUGAAAACAUGGUUAAUUUGUCAGAUAUAGAACUUGAUGAACAUAACCCGUAUCGAUUUCGUCACCUUACUGAAAAAGAAUUAAAUCGUUUAAAAGAGAAACUUAAAAAUGGUAUGACUGAUGAAGAAAUUAUAGCACGUUUUUGGUUUCUUCAACGUGGCCAAGAACCUGAUAGAGAUCUACUGAAAGACAUUAAAAAUUUAAAAAAACUUGUUAAUAAUAAAGAGAUCGCGUGUCUAAAGAAGGAACUUUUGUCUAAUAUAUCAAAUGAAAUUGUUUUGUAUCGCAAAAAGUUUAAAAAUUUUUUAAAAAAUGAUGAUGAAGAAGCCAUGUUAGUGAAAUAUUUUCAACGAUUACUAAUAACUGAUAUUGUCGAAAAUAUUACAAAACGAAAAACGUACACUAAUACCUUACCCGAAUAAUUAUUUAUUGACUUAUUAAAUUAGUUUUCAUGUACCACAUUAUAAAAUUUUUUUUACUAAAUUGUGUAGUAAAACUUAAUGAAAUUUAUAUCUAAUAGCACAACGAAUCUUAAUAUUUAUUGAAACUAAUAGUUGUUUUGUUUUUGAUCGAAUAUAGUUUUAGCACACAACCUAAAUUCAACAUAAGUUUUAAU